GAUGAAUUCCCAGGGACUUCUCGAGUAAACAACAGGCACGAGUCCUCUGUGUUUGUAGGUGGGAGCAGCUAGAAUAUGCAGAAAAUGGAGUCCAGGGACCCAGCCAAAUCCCAGCUUGGGAAGAUCCCAAGCAAGGACCCAAAACACUGUGUGUGGAGGGUCCUAGAACAUCUACCCAGGGCUUCAGAAAGCAGCUCAGGGAAAGUUCCAGGGGCCAACACAGAGAAAAAGUCAGAAAGGGACUGGAUGAUGCCAUUGGGAAGUGACUCAGGAGAGGACUCACCAAGGAGCCCAGACAUGAAGCAUCUAGAAGACAUCGUAGAAGUCCGUUUGCCCAGGAAAGUGCGGGAGGUCAACGAGAGCACGGUCCCUGUGUGUGUUCAUCAUCCCAGUCUUGCUAAUGGCCAUGUCUUGUUUUUGGAAAACACAGACACUCACACGGAAACUGGAAAUAUAGUGCCCUCCAAGGGCAAGGUGUCCCACAUAAACACCUCCCAGAAGCUUUCCUUCCUUGAUGUGCACACUCAACAGGUGCUGGAAGCACAUAUUAAAAGUUUUCANUUGGAG